UAUUUUCAAAUUUAGAACUGGUGAAUGCGGUCAUUCUGGAAGCCAUAGUUUACAAAGUGUAGUGCACAGUUCAACAACAGUGAUUGGGUUUGCUACUUCAUAGCAGCAGUGGAAAUGGAAACAUUGCUCUGCUAUUGCUACUUCUCUACUUGAAUGGAUAAGAAGCACGGCCAGAAUCGGAAAACACACGAGGACCUUUCUUGUUUUACUUGGUUCUAUGUUUCGUUGAGGCACAGAUCAGGUAGGAGAACUAAAAUAUGAACGAAGUGAUAUUUGUAGUCAGAGUAAUAGCACAUACAACAAUAUUAUGAUAGCCUCAACGAAACAUAGCACUAAUUAAAACAAGAAAGGCCUUCUUGUGUUUCCCGAUUCUGACACUGUUUCUCAUCUAUUCAAGUAGAGAAGUUGCAAUAGCAGAUCCACGUUUCCGUGCCACUGCUGCUAUGAAGUAGUGAACUCAACCACUGCAAUGGAUUUGUCACCACUGUUGCUGGGAGAUACCGAAGCGCUCUCUCCACCACGCACGAGCAACACAGAUGUAGCCCUACAUAGAAAGCGCUUUCAUGUGGCACUGCCUUACGAGGAGCGCUUUGUCUCCCAGCCAACAGUAACCACCAACACGGGUGUAGCCACUACAACAACAACAAGCAACACAGGUCAACAAUUUACCUUGUCUCACCUGCUGGAGAGGCAAAAAGAAAUGUUUGAUGGCGUCAUGGCCGCCAUUGGAAGAGUUGAGUCAAAGGUGGACGGAAUAGCAAAUGCUCUGGCCGAAAAGAUGCCCGAACGCGCGGAAGUUCAAGCUCAAGGGCAGCUACUGCGAGAGUGCAAAGUGGUGACCUCGAAAGUUCACCAAAGUAUUUCCCGAAUCACUGGAGAUGCUAUUAGUAAAGAGCAUACUUUGCUUCAAAGUAUGCUUCCACUAUCAUCCCAGGAAAAGUUAAAUACUUUGGAUAAUCUUUUGGGAAACAAACCACACUCCGAUGCGAUGCUGAACAUAAUUUUAAAAUUGAAGGGUGCUAAGGGUUGUGUGAAACACGUGUUGAGAAGCAUUUUUGCCGACACUCUACUCAUUUCAUACAAUUAUGAGCACAAAGCCAACAAAGCUCCACUUCUGGGGCUAAAAACAAUAGAAUUAGUUUUCGAUGCGUUUGUGAGUAUGCCCAAAAUUGACCUCAUUGCGGAAAUCAGAAAGCACGUAAGCCACAAUAGGUACAAACAAAUUGUAAUAAAAACAAGUAAGAAAGUCUAAGUUCGGGCGGAGCCG